GAUCCUGUCUGGCUUGGGACCGAGAGCCUUCGCUCACCCUGAGGGGCGCAGGGAGAAAAGUCCGGGUAGUGCGGCCUGAGUGGAGAUAUGGCGGCGGAAAAGUUUAUGGAGAAAUGAUUGAUUUAACAAAUCAUGAGCAGCAAAGCUCAGUACUUAUGAACCCAUGCCUUAUGAAAGAUUGUGAACUGGAUUAUGAGUGUUAUAAAUGGUAAAGCAUAAAGCCUAAGGAACAUGAGACAUUAUUGAUACAGAUAAUCGAGAAAGCCAAAGAAUGCCGAAAAUAACUCAGAUUGGGUGGAAAUUAUUGAACCCCGUUCCAGGGAGCGAAUGUACGUCAAUUUGACAACUGGAGAGUGUGGUUGGGAUCCUCCACCUAAUCUCAGAGUUCGGCAGUCUGAUGAAAAUCAGUGGUGGGAACUCUUUGAUCAAAACAACAAUCGUUUCUAUUAUUACAAUGCCAUCACUCAGCAGACUGUGUGGCACAGGCCUCAGGGUUGUGACAUUGUGCCACUAGCUCAGCUCCAAGUCAUGAAACGUAAUUCCCAGUCUGAUUUCAGGACAUCACAGCACAGGAACAGUACAAGUAGUGAGGGACGAAAUACUCCUAUCCAAAUAGCUCUUCUACAGGACAUGGAGAAGAGUAAAGACAACAUCAGUCUCGAGAAGAGGCCAGAAAGUGAAAGAAAUACCCUUACUGGUUGGCAGCCUUUGCCAGGGACUAAAGCAACUAUGCUGGUCAAAGUUAAUAGCCUAAGACAAGUAAAUUCUUCCUCAAGCAAUUCCUUUCAGAUGCAAAACAAUUCAGAAAUCAGCAGCCGGGAAUCAAUGAAUCCCAAAGCAGUUGUAUAUGCCCAGUCUCAGCCUAUGGUCCCAAACUCAUUAACUCCAAAAUCUACAGUUCCAGUAGAGAUGAAGCGUUCAAUGAAAAUUAAAAAGACAGAGAAUGGAGGAUUUUGUCUGGUACUAACUAAUGGGCAUGCUCCUCAGCCUCCCUCAGGAAAUCAGUUACAAAAAUUGCCUGCAUCUCCCAAAUAUGCUUCUCCACCUCCAAUAUAUGAUGAACCAUCAAUUGACUCCCCAAUUUAUGAUGAGCCUCCUACAGAUAUGGACAUUAGAAUUACAAAUAUGAAUGGGACAAAUCCACAGUUGUCUCCAAGCAAUAGCUUAAAUAAGAAGAUGCAACCAAUUAAAUUAUUACAGCCUCCAAGUAUACAGCAACACCAGGAUGGAAAAAGGCAUUUGAGAAACCCUUCUAGAACAGAAUACAGUCCUGUGGGAAAAGAAUACAUUAAACACAUGGUCAACAUUGACCAGUCAUCCAAAAAAACUCAUUCUACCACUGUGAUAGUUGAUGACAUUGAUAAAUCUCAGUUGGGUCAGGUUAGCUCUAGGGAGAGCUUCAAGCAGUCAUGGAAAGUCGUAGAAGCUAAUGUUCUUAAAAAUAUGGAAGUCCAUAAUCGCCAGCAGAGCAGCCUUCAGACUCAAGAAUAUCCUACAGUGAUAAGUCAGCAAGACUCUGGCUAUUCGACAGGUCCUUCUCCAAGUUUAAGAAAGAGAAAAGGAAGACGACACGUUCCAGGCCUGGGCAGACCUUGUUCUGUAGGCAGCAACAGCGAACUUACUGUGCUAAAUGACAAGCUUAUUGCAGAGAUGCGUGCAGUGGUGAAUAGAUCUGCUGCCUGCAGGGGGAGCAAAGGUAGUUUAGAUGCAGAAAUGCUAGACAACACGAGUAUGCCAGAGGGUAAUAAAAUUAAGUUUCAAUUGGAUUACUUUAAAAAGUGUAAUAGCAGGAACUCAAGGGAUGAUCUUACAUCUAGUAACAGGUCAUUAUAUAGGCCUACAAUGGAAGGUAAAGGAAGCCUCUCAAAUGAACCGGCAAUACAGCAAGAUGUGGUGAGACAGAAGAGAACUUAUGAAAAAAUAGCUUCUUUAGAAAAGAAUGUGUCCAGCCUGAUAAACCCAUCAUCAUCAGACACAGCACAAUUAUCAACACAGUGUGGAACAAUAGGGUCUCUUUCUCAAGAAGAGAAUAACCUUCAAUCUGGAACCAACGUUGGAUAUCAGUUUCCCUUCCAUACCAUACGAAAGCCCAUCUCCCAAAGUAGCAUGACUGACUGGGCUUCCAAAAAUCUUAAUAUGCAUACUCAGGGCAUCUUUCGUCGGAGGCUCUCCAUUGCCAAUAUGUUGUCUUGGAAUGGUGGCUCCAUCAAAAAGCCAAUGCUUAUCACCAGUAACUGCACCAUCAAAAAGGAAGCCUGUGAAAUAUUUAAACUGAUACAAAUCUAUAUGGGUGACCGGCAAGCCAGAAUGGACCGCAAUAAUGUGGCUUUGAUAACCAUCACCAAAUGCUGGAGCAUUCAAGGUUUACGGGAUGAGCUGUACAUUCAACUAAUCAGACAAACAACAGACAAUAUGUGCUACCAAAGUCUGGCACGGGGCUGGGAACUUAUGGCAAUUAGUCUGGCCUUUUUCUCCCCAUCACCCAAAUUCCAAUCUUACCUGGAAGGUUACAUCUAUCGUCACCUCAGCCAAAUCGCAGAUGACAAUAUUACCCAACGCAUUAAGGAACUUCUGGAUCUGAAAAACAAAAAGAACUCAAAAUCCAGGAAAAAAAGAAAACAAAGCGCAGAGGAUGAAGGUCUACCAAUCAGCACUUAUGCCAGGUAUUGUUACCGAAAGCUGCAAAAAGUAGCAAUCACUGGAGGCAAAAAAGGUCUUCGGAAGCCUACAGUUGAGGAGAUAAUACAUGCCAAGAAUGCUAUUGUGACACCUUCAUUGUUUGGCAGCUCACUGGAAGAAAUCAUGUCACGACAGCAGGACAUGUAUCCAGAUAACAAGCUGCCUUGGGUACAAACACAGUUGUCUCAGCAAGUACUGCAACUCGGGGGAGAACAGACUGAGGGAAUAUUCAGAAUUCCUGGCGAUAUUGAUGAAGUCAAUGCUUUAAAACUACAGGUGGAUCAGUGGAAGAUUCCUAACAACCUUAGUGAUCCCAAUAUACCAGCUUCUUUGCUAAAACUGUGGUAUCGGGAAUUGGAAGAGCCUGUCAUCCCACAACAAUUCUACAAGGAAUGUGUGAGCAACUAUGAGAAUCCUGAUGCUGCAGUGGCUGUAGUUGAACUUCUGCCAGAGCUCAAUAAAUUGGUCUUGUGUUACCUCAUCCACUUUUUACAGAUUUUUGCCCAGCCAAUCAAUGUAGGCAAAACCAAGAUGGAUGUAAACAACUUGGCUAUGGUGAUGGCUCCAAACUGCCUGAGAUGCCAGUCUGAUGACCCCAGAAUCAUCUUUGAAAAUACCCGGAAAGAGAUGUCUUUCUUGCGCAUGCUGAUUGUGCACUUGGACACUAGUUUUAUCAAAGGAAUUAUGUGAAGGAUUGUUUUCUGGCAAGACUGUGCAAAAAGAGCAAUUAGGUGGCUCCUGCAUUUCCUUUUUAGAGUCUCACAUUGUUUCUUCUAGAGUUUCCAAGAUCCUACAGUUCUUUGUGAUGCUUUUAUUUACUUAUCCUGAUAGUAAGGUUGAUGAAUCUUCAAUAAUCCCCAAAUGAUUCAAGUCAAUGACCAUACUAGAAAGACCCAAAGGUGUUUUUUCAAGAGGCAACUGGAUUUUCUGGGUUUUUUUGAAGACUUCGCUUGUCAGUUUCAGAGGUGAAGAAGCUUCAGAGCUGAAGAAGAAGCUUCUUGGAUGAGAAACAAAACAUCUUAAAAGAAAAACCAGAAAGUCCAAUUGCCUCUUGAAAAAGCACCUUUGGGAGAACCAAAAAGAAGUUUUGAAGCAGUAGAUGAGCAGUAGCUUGUGAGACAGGAUGACUUUUGCUAUGCCUGAGGGUACCUUACUAUUAAAGUUCUAAGCAUCAAUAUUGUCCAAAAAUGAAAACUCUCUUGAAUUUUGGUACAGAGCAAAACAGCAAGAAAGUGAAACUGUAUAUUUCCCUUUUUUGCUACAGUGAUUUGGGAAGAGACUAUUUAAAUCUCAAGCCACUUUUAGCUUAAGUUUGCUCCUAUAUUGCUUGGAUUGAAGAUGAUUCAGACUCAAGAAAUUCUUGAAUUUCUUUAAUCCAAAAUCACUGUAGUCUAAGUAACUUGUGGUUGGGAUUUCCCCAGAAUGGAGAUUUAUCCUGCAAUAUUAUGGCCUCUUUUUCCUUAUUUCAAAAUAAACUAAAAUCAGGUACUGAGGUGCCAUAAAGCCUUUUAGAGCAAACAUGAAUAUAUAAAGGCUCCUGCCAAUAUAAAAUUUUGUGUUUUAUUUCCCAUUCAGCUUAUUCUAAUCAGACAUUAUCUUUGUAAACAUUGGAUUAAAGAAGCUGCAAGGUGCAGAGAUUUAAGUGAAUAGAAGAUGCAGGAUUGGAGAAAAUUAACUGUACUUCUCUUUAUCACUUUCUAAAUGUCCUCAGUGUGCUGUUAAAUGCAGAAUGAAAGAGAGAAGGCCAAAUUAUAUCUGUCUUGUUUUCUCCCUGACCAGCAGCAAUUUCAGAAAUAUAAUUUGAGUUGUGACUAUACAGAGAGGAAAAUAUGUUUCCCAGUUGUCCAGUUAACAUCAAAUCCCUACUACCUCCCACAACUGCAUGUUAGAUAAAAAAUAUUGAGAGCUCCAAAUACAAAUUUCUCACAUCAUGCAUUAUAACUAUAAAAUGGUAUAAUGCUGUCAUACUCUGGAUUUCAUUCUAUUUUGCCUAAACGUUCAGCCUUAUUCAGAAAGACUUCUGUUCUCUUUGUCCUUUCAGUCCCCAGAACACAUGCCGAAUAGGAGGAAGACUGGUGCUUCGGUUCUGCUUCUUUCUUUUGUUCUUAUACUGCAAACAUCCCUGAAUCUAAAGCCUUCAGUGUUCCUUUAUGUCAUUUUGGAAGUGAGUGUAAUUCUUUCAUCAAACUUCUGGAUAGAAUAACAGGCUUGAAUUUUGUGGAAAGACAGUGUGCAUGGUCAAGGAAAUAAUGUUAUGGAAAAACAAAUAUCAACUUUGUUAAUUCUUAGAAGUUGGUGCCAAGAGCUCUUCAUUUGCCAGUAAGAAGAAUGUGAUUUGUCCUAGAUGUAUUGGUAUUUCCAAGUUACUGGUUACUAUGAUCUAACUGGGUAAAGAAAUAUAUUUUUUCCUUCUAUUGUCAGAAAUGAUACUUGUUAGAAGAUUCUCACACAUCAUUAAUGGGAUUAACAUUUACUGUUUCCUUUUUGAGUCAGUUCUGCUGUAAAAUUAGAUCCUUUAAGAUGAACUAUGUUGUAAUGCCAAAGUCUUUGUUCACUCUUUACCUCAUAGUAUUUUUUGAAAUUUAGCUGGUAUCUGGAAAUAUUAUUUUCUAUAUUCCAAAUAAGGCCAUCUUCUGAGAGUGUUAUGAGUUAUAUAUACAUCUAUACAGCAGCAUAUGAAUUAUCCUGGGGUAAAGGAUAUAUUAUUUGUGGGCUCUUACAGAAAGAGUAAUGCAGCAUUCUCACUCCAGGGAUCUUCCAAAUAUAUAGAUUUUAUUUCCCAGAAUUCUCUAAAUAGCAUAACUGUGGCUAAAACUUCUGAGAGUUGAACUGUCACAUUUCAGUUUGGGAGGAGUGGGGGAGGGCAGGGAGACUGGAAUAAGGCAAUAUAUCACAUAACUAUUUCAACUAUGUUAUCAGGCAGACACAAGUGAUGCCCAUGGAUCUGUACAUAAUUGAUACUUUAAACUUAACUAAGCCCAAAAUCCAGGCAUUGAUUAUGAUACAUUUUCUUGUCUUUCUGAAAGUUUCAUUUGAUAUAGUUGAUUACCCUGAGAUUUCUGAGGAGUUAAGUGCUAUUCAAAUAGGCUUCUCUACCAGCAUUUGGCCAGUACUCUUGAUAAAAUCCGAAAUGGGAUCUUAAUUCUAAGUAAUAAGGAUUAGAAUCCUAUUAAUUUGUAUUUGGAGAAAGCCCCAUUAAACUCAGUGGGAUUGACUUCUGAGUAAACAUGCAUUUGAUUGUUAAAAUAUUGGGUUAUAUCUAACAUAAUCCUUUUACCACUGUACACUACUGACAAAUCAAAUUCAGAAUUACUUUGUCCUCCAGAUGUUCUAUAGGACAAGAUGAAUAGAAGUGAUUGCUGUUUGAGAAGAAGUACAUUCACACAUAACAGAUAUAGUCCAUCAUGCUUUUUAUAUUUCUUAGACUUGCCAAAACAAGAGUUUCUUCAGCCUAUUUCUAUGACUAUGUAGGAGAUUGUAGGAUUUCCUUAGACUGGUUCUGUUUAUGCUGUAAAUUUUCUAUUCUUCAUCUUUGUACAAUGGGAAAUACUAACCAAUAUGCAAAAUGUCAUAUACCUACUCUACUUUUUUAAAUUUUGUAUUUAUUAAUUUGUUUUAAGAUGUUCUCUAACGCACGUUUCCAGGUUUAAACACUGUUGUCAACUAAAAUAUGAUGGGUAAUUGUUACAAUCAGAUCCCCCCAGCAUUUCACUAUAAUCCAAUCAUAAAGUGACUGCUUUAUAAUAAUGUUUAGCCCCACCCCUUCUGGGCAGCAAAAUAGGUUAAAAAAUUACACUGGAUUUUUCCCAAUACACUUGUAAAUGUGAAUCUGCAAAAUAUACUGUCUGUUGUUGUUAAAGAAUAAACAUUUUCGUCAAUA